AUGCAACCCGCCCAGUCGAUGGAAGUAGAGGAGGCCGGAAAAUUGGAGAAUUCCCAAGACUCGGGUACUGCUGGGGUGCCUGCUUAUUGUGCCAAUUUACCCGUGCGUAGCCCUCGUUGGUUCCCUGUGCCUAAGUCUCCGAAAGUAAGGCUGGCCAGGGGCAGUCGUAAUCGAACUCCCAAGAAAAAUUCCACAGCUGCGGGUCGCGCGCUUUCUACCGUCCCUGAUCGAGGAGCUGGCGAUGGGAAAGGCAGGGGGCAGGCCCGGGCUGCUGCUGCUGGGCCCAUGACCCGGUCUGUCUUGGUGGGCGUUUCCCAUGACAGAGAGGAUUCGAUGAAGGCUGCACGUGCUGAAGAUGCGAGGGCUCCUGUGGCCUGUGAAGAGCAGGCCCAUCCUGCGGCUGCUGGAGCGAAGGCCCACCGGCGUCGACUCAUUCUUUCGGAUUCGGAGGAUGAGACUAUGGAGAGGCCCAGUGUCGACCCCCCAAAGCUGAAGAAAAAAGGAAAAGCGGGGAUGGGAGGAAGGAUGAGGCUGUUGAAGGUGGCCGCCAAAGAUGUGAACAUGGAUGGUUUAAAUAUGGCUCGGCACCAUAACAGCCCACCAGCUUCUGGGCAAGUUGAUACAAGGCUGGCUGAGUCUGAUAAAAAGAAGCAGGGUUGGAUGUGGAGAGGAGAGGGCGCAAGCUACGACACUCGGAGGUGGUGGCUGAGGAAGGAGUAUAUAGCUUGCCAAUUAAGGCAAGUUCUCCGCCUAGCCAUACUGUGGAUGGUGCGAUGGCCAAAUCCCCCUCCAGUGCUUUGGUGGAUUCGGCAGCAUCCUUGUCGGAGGAGGAGGACAAUUUCUUUGAGGUUAAAAGCCGAGUCCCUACAUGUGACAUGGGCGAUUCUCGCACCAUGCACGGGAGGGUCCAGCAGGUUGUAG